AUGAGUGGUAGUGCAAAACGAAAACCGUUACAAAAUGAAACAUCAAAUGAUUUUGAUUCUGAGUGUUAUAAACCUGAGGAUGACGAAAAUUUCUUAAAGCUUUAUCAAAACUACGAUUAUAAAGAGAAAUUUGACUCUUUACAAACACCCUAUCACAAAUCGUGUAGAAAAAGAAAGCAAGAUGAAGAUUUAAUGAGUAAUUCGUGCAAAACAUUAUUUCAAUAUUUAAAACCAUUUACGGAUGAAAAAAAAUUAGGCGAUGUAAAAAACAGCCGAGAACAAAAAAUAAAUAAAACGUUUAUAUCGAAAAAUUUCAGUCAUAGAAAAGAAGCAUUUAAAAAAUUUAAAUUUUUAACCAUACGAAAAGAAACUCGUAAUUCACAUGAAUUUUUAUUCACAGAGUGUAAAAUAUUAUCGGAAAGUAAAUCGAAAAUAAAUUUUUGUCAACCCAAGUUAAGUUUUUUUAUGGAUGUAAAUACAAGUGAAAAUCCAAUUAAUUAUAAGGUAAUAAUUCAAAAAUGA